AUGACAUUGAAGCUCCUAAUGCUCCAAAGCAGUCGAGGUUCCAAGGUCUCGAUUGAGUGCAAAGAAGCUGGCCGACAUCUCAGUGGCCUUGUUCGCUUCGGGCAGCGAAGACAAUUUGCCACGAAAAGAUUUAUUAAUGGCAAUGGAAAUAGAGAUAUGAAAUUGAGGUUAUGUUUAUGUAUAGGCGUGCAAUGUUCUCGUUGUGGCAGAAAUAGUACAUCAGGUAAGCUCAAGAAGCUGCAGACAUUAUCCAUAUAUGCCACAAUGCUUUCUGGUGAAAUCCCACCGGAAAUAGUGAUAAUAACGUCUGGUUCAAUUACUACUGUUCUUUCAAAUGCUAGAAGUCUUAUCCAAUUGCUGCUCGAUACGAAUCUGAUCUCGUGUUUGAUUUCUUUCGAGCUUGGAAAAUUGUCAAACCUUGAAGUGUUUUUGGCUUGGCAGAACCAGCUUGAAGGGAGUAUACCUUCAAGUUUGGCUAGUUGUAGCAACCUUCUAGCACCAGAUUUGUCUCACAAUUCGCUCAUUAGUAUUGUGCCUCCAGGUUUAUUUCAACUACGAAACGUCAUUAAGCUUUUAUUGAUAUCUAAUGAUACCUUGGGUACUAUACAUUCAGAGAUUGGUAACUGCAGUUCCCUAGUAAGACUGAGACUUGGAAAUAAUCAGAUUACGGGUGGAAUACCUAAAGAAAUUGAAUGGUUGAAAAGCUUAAAUUUUCUUGAUUUUUCUGGAAAUCGACUUUAUGGACUCGUGCCCAAUGAAAUUGGAAGUUGUACAGAGUUACAAAUGGUGGACCUAAGUAAUAAUACAUUAGAAGGUCCCAUGCCUAGUUCAAUGUCAUCAUAG